ACAAGCCUGCGGAAAUAUUGCAAUUGAAAUAAUACAGACAAUUAAUUCAGCUCUUCCUUUAGCUCAGGAAGUAUCCUUUAGCUCAAGAAAUACUAAUACGGCAGCUUUUGUGCGUUGCAUGGAAGCAGUUGGUUGGGAGUCAUGCCAGCAUGUGGAGUCACCCACCAGCCGCUGGUGGGUGAGGCUGAGCACCGGUGGUAGGUGGGCUGAGGUGGUCGGGGCGGUGACGCCAGGAUGUACAGGUGGAGUGAUGGUGGCCUCGAGCUCCAGGACUUGCUGUUCUGGGUUCCAGUUUCUGCCUCUUCUGCUCUGACUGAAGCUGUCGCCUAGUGAAGCUGGGGCUGAGACCUGGAAUUUCAGGUCAAGGUUGUGACUGCAGCGAGGAGCGAUCUGCCCUGGGCUGCUGCUGGGGGCAGGACUGGGCAUUGCAGUUGAGACAUGAAGGAAAGCAUCUCUCCCUGGGACCAAAACAAGAAGAACAAACUUCUUGUGAAUUUUCUGGUUUUUGAAAAGACUUCUGUUUUUGCGGAGUUGAUGUCAUUCUACUUUACAGCUGUGCCUUCACAAGAUGACUGAGUGAUUUGGCUUAAGCGUCACUGAAAGAAAUGGUCUUUCAGGGUCUGCAUAUUUGAAUGCUAAAGGUCCAGGAUGGAACAUUCCUGCUCGCUCCCGCUGCUCUGUGCUAGCUUUCUGUUUGUGCAAGCUUUACCACCCAAUGGAACUGAAUUGCCAAAACCACCAACAACAACAAACUCUACAGAGGAGAACAAUUUACACAAGGACCUACUGACUUCGAUGCUGAUUCUGCUCCUGGUCUUCAUCAUUUUCAUUCUGUUGGCUGGCUAUUUUUUCAGGUUCAGAAGGCAUAGGAAAGCUGUUGUGAACUCUGGGGACAAAAAGAUGCCAAAUGGGAUCUUAGAAGAGCAAGAACAGCAACGGGUCAUGCUGCUCAGUAGGUCUCCCUCGGGCCCAAAGAAGUAUUUCCCUAUUCCAGUAGAAAAUCUUGAAGAGGAAAUACGGAUGCGAUCAGCAGACGAAGGGAAGCUCUUCAGGGAGGAGUUUAAUUCGUUAACACCUGGAUAUGUGCAGGGAACAUUUGAAAUGGCAAAUAAGGAAGAAAACAGGGAGAAAAACAGAUACCCUAACAUCCUGCCAUAUGAUCAUUCCAGAGUGAUUUUGACCCAAAUCGAUGGAGUCCCACCUUCAGACUACAUUAAUGCAUCGUAUAUAGAUGGUUAUAAAGAGAAGAAUAAAUUUAUAGCAGCACAAGGACCAAAGCAAGAAACAGUUAAUGAUUUCUGGAGGAUGAUAUGGGAGCAGAAGUCGGCUGUUAUCGUCAUGUUAACCAACCUGAAAGAAAGAAAAGAGGAAAAAUGUUAUCAGUAUUGGCCUGACCAAGGGUGCUGGACUUACGGAAAUAUCCGCGUGUCCGUGGAGGAUUGCAUAGUUCUGGUGGACUACACCAUCCGCAAGUUUUGCGUUCAGUCGCUUCAUGACGGCUGUAAAGCUCCGAGGCUUGUUACACAGCUUCACUUUACCAGCUGGCCUGAUUUUGGGGUGCCUUUCACACCUAUUGGGAUGCUGAAAUUCCUGAAGAAAGUCAAAACAUUGAAUCCCGCCCAUGCUGGACCAAUUGUGGUUCACUGUAGCGCUGGCGUGGGUCGCACAGGCACGUUUAUCGUUAUAGAUGCCAUCAUAGACAUGAUGCACACGGAGCAGAAAGUUGAUGUUUUUGAGUUUGUUUCAAGAAUCCGUAAUCAGCGUCCGCAGAUGGUUCAGACUGAUAUGCAAUACUCCUUCAUUUAUCAAGCCUUACUUGAAUACUACCUCUACGGUGACACGGAACUAGAUGUGUCAUCCUUAGAAAAACAUCUACAAACAUCACAGAACGCAGCGCCAAACCUUGUCAAAAUAGGGCUAGAAGAAGAGUUUAAAAAAUUAACAAAUGUUCGAAUAAUGAAAGAAAACAUGCGAACUGGCAAUCUUCCAGCCAAUAUGAAGAAAGCUAGAGUCAUCCAGAUUAUCCCAUAUGAUUUUAAUAGAGUGAUUCUGUCGAUGAAAAGAGGGCAAGAGUAUACAGACUACAUCAAUGCUUCCUUCAUAGAUGGCUAUCGCCAGAAGGAUUACUUCAUUGCCACCCAGGGACCGCUUCCACACACGGUGGAGGAUUUCUGGCGGAUGGUGUGGGAGUGGAAGUGCCACACCAUCGUUAUGCUCACAGAAGUUCAGGAGAGGGAGCAGGAAAAAUGCUGCCAGUACUGGCCAUCAGAGGGCUCUGUAACUCACGGAGAAAUAACCGUAGAAAUAAAGAAUGACAGUCUGAUAGAUGCCAUAAGUAUAAGGGACUUCGUAGUUACGUACAAUCAGGGUAACCAGGAGAAGCAAAGCAGGCUCGUUCGGCAGUUCCAUUUCCACGGGUGGCCAGAAAUCGGGAUUCCUGCAGAAGGAAAAGGGAUGAUUGACCUGAUUGCGGCUGUCCAAAAGCAGCAGCAGCAAACAGGCAAUCACCCAAUUACUGUGCACUGCAGUGCUGGCGCUGGAAGAACAGGUACAUUCAUAGCACUCAGCAAUAUUCUGGAACGAGUGAAGGCUGAAGGGCUCUUAGAUGUAUUUCAAGCUGUGAAGAGCUUAAGACUGCAAAGGCCACAUAUGGUGCAAACACUGGAACAGUAUGAAUUCUGCUACAGAGUGGUACAAGAUUUCAUUGACAUAUUUUCUGAUUAUGCUAAUUUCAAAUGAAAAUUCCUGCCUUAUUUUUUAAUUUGUCUGUAUAAAUAGUUGUAUAUUCUGUUAAUUUAUUCCAUGUCAUUUUGAUUGACUGUACUGUAAAUAUGACCUUGUGUUUGCUCUAAAAGUUGUAUUUGCUGUAUAAAGUUAUUUGUUAAAUAUAAAUACCUUCUAAAGCAAAGUAUAAUGUUCAUAUACAGUAUAUCACUAUAAAAUGGUAUAGAAAUCUUUAAAUAACAUUAAAUUAAUUCUUGAGGGGUUAUUUCUUUGAAUUUUUCCACUUAUAAAUACUUAUCGAUAACGUUAUCUCCCAGUUCUUGAACCUUUACACAGGUGAUUUACAUUUCAUACUAAAAAAGUGAAUUGUGGUACAUAUGUUUAAACAUGUUUUGACCAUAAACCUUUCUUUGUGAUUAAAAUGGAUGUUUAUUUGGGGACGCAUUCUGAUAACCUGCUUAUGCUAGUAAUUUGUUUCACAAAGGGUCUCAUUGGAGGCAAACAGACUGUUCUAGUGAAGUGCUAUUAAUGAUAAAGGUAUCAGAAUAUGGCCUUUCAUCUGUAAUACUGUACAGUCCAACUGAAAAAAUAGAACUGCUCUUAAAGUCUGUUUUUAAGAACCUCCAGGUUGAUGGCAGUUCUAUUUUGAGUCUUACUGUCAAUAAGAUUAUCAUCAGUAAAAAUAGAGAUUUAAAUUUUUUAUUUAAUAGAACUUUCAAAGUCCAUUUAUUUUGUUUUCCUAAAUAUUACACCAGCUUAGAUCAAUUUAGAAAGACAAUAAUGUGAGUUUACCACUAUUUUGAGAAUAUUUUGCAUAUCAGAAGAAUAUAUUUUGCAGCACCUGAACUUGUCUACUUGAAGAGGCUUUAUAGCCAUUGUCAGAAAUGGAUUUAAAGCUUCUCUACAUAAAACUGCAUAAUUUCCCACUUCUUUAAGGAAAAUCAAGAGAUGAACUCUUAUUCUUUGAUUUGACUUAAUAGAAUAAUUAACAGUGGUUGCUAAAAUUGUGAAAAAACAUUUUACUAACAGUGUAAUGCUAGCAACUUCAAGUGUUGUAGCAAAAAGCUCCUCUACAUUCUUACCCUCACAUAUAUAUUAUCAAAAAAGGAAUACUUCCUUUAUCCAGAAGGGGUAUAUGAUCAUGUAUAUAGAUAUAUUUUUAAUGAAAGUACUACUGAUAAUAUAAUUGGUGAAAUAAAGUUUAAAAGUCUUAUCGUAGCCCUGCCCACGGUAUGCUUGUGGGUUGUAGGUUAGAAAUUCCAAAAAUCACAGGGCAUCCGAAUGUUGAAUAAUUAAAAAGUAUAUGUUUUUCACUCUUUAAAAUGCAUAUAUGAAUUAAUGAGCACAAAAUAUGCGAAUAUGUACUUUACAUAACUAAUAUGCAAUAGUUCUGUCUUGUCCAGUUGGUUGGUUUUUUUGCAAUGCAAACAUAAAAGCCUUAUUUAAAAUAAGCAGCUUACAUCGAUCAUUUCACUAUUGUUCUUGCACUAUUUUAUCGCAUGACCAUUUUUCAUUUCUGAUAACAAAUAGCAUUACACUUUGUAACAAUGCAAGGAAAUGGGAAGGUGUUCACACCUCUCAUUUUGUACUGGAUGGAAAAGGUGUGGUUCAGAAAUUUCUAAGCACGCUGUUCUGAACACUGCCAUUUACUGCUUCUUGUCUUCCCGUCAAUGCACUUCUGUAUUUAUUUGUACAGUAAAUUAUGCACUUAAAAAAGAUUGUUUAAAGACUAAACCUUUGUUGCGAGUUGCUAUGAGAAGAUGCACUCAAGCCAAGAAAGUGUUGAGUAACAAAACGGAAUGCUAAGUAAGUUUACAUUACUACUGCAUGCCGAAAUUUUACGUAAUUUUAAAAAGCCAUCAAAUAAAUUCAGUAUGGAAACCAAUACAGUGGGGUUUUCAGUAUGAUCAUUGGUAGCACAGGGAGACUCAGAGAGGUUAAAUGAUGAUAGAAAGUAAUGCAAAGGAAUUUCCACCGUUUUCCAAAGAAGUGUAUUUUCUGGUCGCAUUAGAUUCCAAUGUCAGGAUCUUUCCGAACAUUUAGUUUAAAUUUGAAAAAUAAUUUGUCUGUUUGGGUCCUUUAAUAAAAGUUUGGAUUAAGAGUUGCUUCAUCAAGCAAACUUCAUGACGCAGCAGCAAUGUGGCGCGCUGUUAGCGGGGACCUGUGCCUCCCCACCCCUGCAGGGGUUUACUGCAGCGGGGCACAGGCAGCUCUGUCCUUACAGCAAGUAGUAGGAUGGAGUUAAGCUGAAACAUCAAAUACUCAGUGGGUACUCAGAUUUGAGUUGCUAACUCUAUUAAGAUAUCUAGGAGGAAACAAAUACCUAGAAUAUAUUUCAGAAGUCACAAAUGUAGCUACUCAAUGACUUUGUUUAAUUUGAAAAGCUUGCUUUGCAGUUCUUGUCUUUAGUCAAUAGACUGCUUAUCACAGCAGCCUAGUAACUGGGGAGCUGUAUUUCGAUAUAAUAUAUAUGACCUUUCUUUUAAAUUUUCCUCUGUUGCAUGGAAUUACUUUAAAAUGCCAAAUAGUUGAUUAGAAGUUGUACAUUCUGAUCUGUUUGUGGUUUUGGUCACUAUGUGACUUGACUGUCUGUUUUCAUGUGUUAAGAUAGGUUCCAGUUCACCUAAGCAUUUGAGCGUUCGCUUUAUGACAUCUCUAUUCCACAAAACAUUUAAGUACCAUAGGUUCUUUGUUCCUGAAGCAAUCCCUUAAGUGCUUUGCUGAAUUGGGCCUUAACGAAGAAUGCAUACUGUAAUUACCAGUGUUUUUUAGGGUAUUUUUACGUAUCAGUUUUUUAAACUUUUAAAAUGAGCCUGAUCACCCGUGUAUUUUGAAAUGUUUUCCUUUCCCUAGUACCAUUUUUAAUGUAAAGUUAUGGAAACUUUUCUGUAUAACCACAUUGUAUUUAAUUUGUCAAAUCUUUAUAAUAUAUGUAUGUAUUAUACAGUUUCAGCUAUUAUUAUUUUCUUUUAUUACAUUUAUAAUUUGAUCUUGCUGUGUUUUUAAUGCCAGUGAAUGUUGCUGAAUUAUUUGUAUAUGCAAAUUGCAAGAUCUAAUACAUUCUGAUGCAAGAACAAAGCUUCGUUUUUAUUCUCAAACUGUAUUACUUUCUUUAAAUCUUUUAAUUUCA